GGUGUUGGUAAUGUACCGACAAUUUUUCUAGGCAUCAAUUGAUACGGAUGCAGUGUUAUUAACAUAUCAGUCAAUAUUACAACUUUAUUUAUGCUAUAGAUGGCACUCGUUGUUUAUAUGAUUAACGCUGCAAACUAAUAUAUUGCAUCAGUUUUCCCUCACAACCUGGAAAGCAGGAAACAAUAUUAUUUUGCGUAUCAUCACUUUGCCGUCACAAAUUAAUGCUUCGUUAUUUCAGUUUCAUCCAGCUCCGUUGCGAUAAUGAUCGUAAAUAAUUGAUAAUCCAAUAGAAAACCGUAUUUUGCAGAAUCGACAAAAUUGUGCAAAGCCGAUAGAAUUUUGCAGAUGAGCAGAAACGUGGAACAUUUCAUGAUCCGCAAAACUGCUUCAGUGUUCAGAAGAGUCGGAUCCUCUGAUAAGCAUAAUGAACGAUUGGACUUUUGAGCGAAUUUUUGCGAAGUUUUCUGCGAAAUCAAUUUCAAUGGAAGAAAUUAAAAAAGAAAAACGAAAUAAAAAGACGAAAAGAGAAACGAGAGCAGACGACAUAUUUUGCGAUUUCCUUUCUUUUCGUCGCAGUGUCUGAAGCAUGACGAUUAGAUAAGGCGGUUCAUAGUACGUCCGAGAUGCAGACCUCAUAAGAGACCGAGAAGCCCGUGGUCCAGGCUCAGUUAAAGCUGCGUGUGCAAACCGGUCAUUUAGUGGACAUCCAAGUCAUCCAAGUCAUCACUCCUCUGUGCUGUCAACAGCACUAAUCGUGCACGUUAUACCACAUUGACUGCUUCUCUCAUCCGUUUCCGACAAGAGAUUCGCGAUAAUUUGAAGCCGGUCGGAGCGAUCGGCAUUCCGAUCCAGGAAGCUGAAAUCGCGUCUCAUCUUAAUUCGGUUUCUCUUCUUCGUCAAAAAAAUUGAUCGUCAUCCUGAGGAGCAAGGUAUGAGUCCUGGGUACAAGGACUUCUACAAAUCAGCCCCGUUCUGCGACUCGUAACCGUUCACGGUGGCACCCCCGAAGACGAAGCCAAACGGGAACGAAGAUGCCCGCUUGCUCGAGCGAAAACGUCUCGAGACUGUGGUCCUCCAGUCCGCCGAUGUCGCGCAGUAACAGUGCGUCACCGCCGCUUCCUGGCACGCCGAUGUCCAUGUCGCCGCUCCGGAUGUCGCCCGUCAUGUCCACGUUCAAGCGCUCACUGUCGAACGUGUCCGCACCGACGACCAAUGCACAGCGAACGAGUCUCUCCCGGGCGUCGUCGGCCUCGAGUAUCCCGACGGUGAUACUCUCCCAGAGACGACAGCAGCAACGACAACCGUCGCUGAACCAGAUCCACCACCAGUACAGGACGAAUGCGACGAAUCCGAACGUCGAGCAAGCCCACAGUUCCUUACUAUGGAGGAUCCUGUCGUGGUACUUUGGGCUUUUAAGGGGUUUCCUUCAGGGUAUCUUCAACGCUAUGAGUUACGCAGUCUGGGCGCCUGCUCUGUGGGCGUCCGCCUGGGUCUACCUGUUCUGGGUGAUUCUGCAGCUACCGCUCACUGCCUUGAAGUGGUUCAUCACCAUACUGCACACUCCAGCCUACGAACGGUCACGCAACAAGCGCUGCGUGCUGAUCAGCGGUGGUAGCACGGUACAGGCUGUCCACCUGGCGCGGAACUUCUACAAGGCAGGUGCCCGGGUGGUGGUGUGCGAGCUUGACGGCCUGUUCGGCCUGGCCCGGUUCUCCACCGCCUGCUCCAAGUUCUACACGGUGCCGCAGCCUGGACCGAAGAGCGUUGUGGAGUACAUAAAGGCAUUGCGGGACAUCGUGCAGCGCGAGAAAGUGGCCUAUUAUAUACCGGUGAGUGCCGCCAGCACGGCGUACUACGAUGCCCUGGCGAAGCCACAUCUGGAGAUCAUGGGCUGCGAGUGCUUCGUGCCGGACGCUGGCGAGGUCACCUCGCUGGACGAUCCGCUGGAGCUGCUGCGCCGCUGCCGCGUACUCCGUCUGCCAACUCCUCAGCACUUCCUGCUGCGAUCGAUGGAGGACCUGUCCGCGUUGUACGAGCAGAACGCCUUCCGCAACGGCAGGUACAUGAUGCUGGCCGCCGGUCCUGCCGGGAUGCGCGACCGCGCGAAGAUCCUGCUACCGCCCACCGCCCGCGAGUUCAGGAACCAGCAGCACGAGAUCAGCGAGAGGAGGCCGUGGGUGGUGAUCCGCGACCCUGGCGGAAAUCACUUCAUCACCUGCACCACGCUGAAGGAGUCGCGGAUCGUGGCGAACGUGACGUGCCGCGUGGACGAGGAUCGGGGUGGGCUCGUACCCGAGGAGCGUCCGGAGGUGACGCAGUGGCUGGAGCAGUUCUUCGGCCGUUCCUGCGGCGGCAGGAUCACCGGGCACGUGAGCUUCCGGCUGGCGGUGUCGGAGGAGACGGACGAGCUGGUGUCCAUCGGCUGUCGCGUGGGCGUGAGUCUGCCCUACAUCUGCCACACCGGGAUACACCCGCGUCUGGUCUGGAAGCCGUGCCGACAUUUCUCGCGGCAGAAUUCGGGGGUGCUGGGCACGCCGGACAGACAUCUGCUCUCCGAUGCCGUGACGGGAGCCCUGAAACGACCAGCCAGUGAGACGGAACCGCACCUGCUGGGCACCCUGUUGGACAAGAGGGAGGCCCUCUUCGUCUACUGGGACCCAUUGCCCUAUUGCGCCUAUUACCACCUGCAGUUGCCGUUCAGACGCGUGGCCGGAGUGAUCAGGGCGCAACCAGCACAGCACAACCCACCCUUGGCGGUGGUGCAGUAGGCUCCUGGCGUACAUGCCUGGCGGUUCGAUGCCGGUAAUUUCAAGAUUGGAUCUACUGGAAACGAUGCUGGACGAGCGAAGAGGAUUCUCCACCGAGAGGUCCACAGAUUGUGUCGUCUGCUGUUCGCUCGCAGCUUUGAGCCUUCGGGCGCUCCACGAGGAUCAUUGUGGGCGAUUCAGGUACCACGACGCCGACUGCGUCUUCGAGAGGAAUGAACGUGCCAAAGAGGUGAUCCGAGGACGAGAUUCCCGGACGAGUUUGUACUUAUUUUUGUGAGUAAUUGUGUGUGGAAUGUGAUAUUAUUUAUUGCAAACAUCUGUUGAGAACGCGAUCAGCGCGGUAGUCGUUCCGAAUGCGUGCUCGAAUCUCAUCGAGAUUGAGAGUUGCGUGUUUCUCUAUGUUACAUCCGUUACUCUGUAGCAUAACAGCGAAUGCGAGACUUUAACAUGAUUCCACGUAAUAAAAUGUUACAAAAGGGGAGAGAGAGAGAAAGCGAGAGAGAUAGAACAUGUAUAUGUGUAUGUAUGUAUGUAUGUACGAUGCGAGUAUGCCACUUUACUUCACUUUCAAUUGUUAACGAUUAGUAAUAACAUUAAUAUUUAAGGAAAGAGAAGAGACACACAUCAGGGAGUUGCACAUCAGUUUGAGAAGUAGGAAGUAUCUGAUGGGGGACGUAUUCUCCGAUUUAUGUCGAGGAGAAUCGAGGAUUCACGCGUACCUCUAUCGCGCGCUACCGGUGGCAUCACGCUCGUUCGGUGGGAUUUUAAAGAAAGCGUGUGCAAGCGAGUUAAAAAUAGGUGCAAAGGUCAAGUUCGCCUUGCAAUCGGUGAAAAAAACAGCUCCAACUAACAAACGCCUCCACGCUGCACCGAUUUUAACCAUCGGACGCUGUUCUCGUUCUUCGGUUGGGGGAGCGCACAGAGGAGCGAGGCGACCGGACACACGGAUGAAAAUACACAUGUACAAAUCGCGUGCUAUCAACGCUGAUUAAGUUAAACGGACACUUUUGCGCCACAUGAUUAAUAUGUUCCUAUCUUUUCGCAGACUGGCACAGCGAGAGCCCGCACGGCUCGGUAUAUAUUAUAAUAAUAGGGACGACACGGUGGAACGUGUUCCUUCAGAAACCGGCGGAAACUCUAAUCUCGCUGUGCUCUAUCGUGAUCGUGACUGCGAUCAAACAAUACAGCGUUCCUCUAGAUCCGAUUUAUGAGAGUUCGUUGUUAAUUUCGUCUACCCCAUUAACUUACAUCCAGUUAACUAAUCGACCCCGGGGAUGCUAGGCAAGUCACAUCAAUGCGAAGAGAUUCUGAGACUUGACGCUUAUCGCAUUUAAACGAUCGAUAUCGUGUAGCAUAGCGAGGAUUAGUAAUUACUAGUCCUCGAAGAUUUUAUACUAAUAUCCUAGAGUUUUCGAUUAUUCAUCUAGCGUAUCUUACUGUCACAUUGAACGCGAAUUCCUCUUAUGGAUGUACGUUAAUGACGGUACGUUCGUGCACAGUGGCAAUAUUUAUGAGUUAUUACUCAUAAAUCAGUGAACGUCGAUGAUAUAGAAUAUGUCGCUUUACUUAGCGAGAGACUCGCAGCGUAAACACGAUUCACGAAUAUAAUUAUUUUGUAAAUAGCAGCGUGUAAUCGGAGGAAGUGUGCUUACUCUUUCGAUAUCAUUCUUUUAUACGAAAAAUGUAUGUGUGAGUUAUAUCUUCGAUACCGUAUACUUUACUUUUUCGACGAUACGUUAAAAUAGGUUUAACAAUUUUUUGACUGGAAUGUAUCUAUUCUAAUGAUUUCUAUUCUAAUGAUGACUAUUAUAUUUUAUUAUUUAUUACUGUUUUAUAUUUUCGAUCAAAUUUUCCAAAUAUUUUUCGAGGUGUCAGAAAAGCAUUCUAAUGAUAUCGAAAGAGUUAAUACGAGUCAUAUACGUUUGUCUGGAUUGCUUUAUGUAUUCGCUCAUCAUCUCGAGAGCUUUUGACUCUAUACCAUGGAGAAUUCUUUGACAUAGUUCGAAAUAUAAUCUACUUUAUUUCUGAUGAUGAUGAUGAUGAUAUAAUCCGCAUUAUAUAACAGCCAUUUUUUGUUAAUAAAUUUUCAUAAAAACAUUAUGUACGAGUUAAUACAUGGAUGUAAGACGUGAGGAAGAAAUUAUAGUAUUGCUCUGACAUUGUUGGCUAAUUUUUAUCUAAGGCAAUAAAGCAAUAAGACAAUAAACUUGUCUUUAGGUGAAGAUGUAAUAAAUAUGUAUGCAAUAUGC